AUGGUUCAAGGUGGCAGGAGGCUCUCUCUGACCCGGUGUUUUCCCCCCUCUCAUGCCAGCCGGAUCAACGAGAAGUCGGUAUGGUGCUGUGGCUGGCUGCCCUGCACGCCGCUGCGCAUCGCAGCCACCGCUGGCCACGGCCCCUGCGUCGACUUCCUCCUCCGCAAAGGGGCUGAGAUCGACCUGGUGGAUGUGAAGGGGCAGACCGCCCUCUACGUGGCCGUGGUCAACGGGCACCUCGAGUGUGCCAAGAUCCUCCUGGAAGCUGGGGCUGACCCCAACGAGGACACCCCUGUCUACCACGCAGCACGCGUCGGCCGGGCGGACAUCCUCCGGGAGCUGAUCAGGUACGGCGCAGAUGUGGACGUGAACCACCACCUCCCUUCCCGGGCCCCCAGCCUCGCCCUGCGGCCCCUCACCACACUGGUGGUCUGUCCGCUCUACAUCAGCGCUGCCUACCACAACCUCCAGUGCUUUCGGCUGCUGCUCCAGGCUGGAGCCAACCCGGAUUUUAACUGCUGUGGGCCCAUCAACAUCCAAGGCUUCUCCCGGGGUUCCCCAGUCUGUGUGAUGGACGCUGUCCUGCGGCAUGGCUGUGAAGCAGCAUUCGUCCAACUCUUGAUUGACUUUGGAGCCGAUUUGAACCUGGUGAAAGUGGAGGCCUUGGGAGUUGAAUCCACGGGAAGGGUCAAAGUCAACCCUGAGGCUCUGCAGGUGUUCAAAGAAGCGAGGGGCCGCACCCGGAGCCUCUUGUCUCUCUGCCGCAUAGCUGUACGAAGAAUACUUGGCAAAUCUCGUCUGGAUCUGAUCCAUGUCCUUCCAAUCCCAGACCCCAUUAAACAAUUUUUACUUCACGAAAACAGUUAAAAGGCAACUGGCUGCUUUCCGGGACAGUUUGAUUUGGUAAAUGAGUGUGCUGAUAAAGCCAGGUGCCAAUCCUAACCCUUCUCCC